CCUCUAGCUGACACUUGUACAUAUAAAUGAAGGUGACCAUCCUGCAUUUAUUUAAUUUCCAGUCCAAACUACCAUAAGUACAAGUUCAGGAGAUUACAUGAAACGAGGAGCUUCCAAAUCUGAGAAAAUAAUUGAAGUAACAGGAGUCCUAUUUUCUCUAACAUCCGUGCAAGACCUGGUAGACCGCCAAAACUGUACCCUUCAGAUAAACAGUACUUAAAGCUUUCAUCUUUGAGAGAGAGAAGAAGAUCCAGCUGCUUCAGAUCAGACAAAAUCCACAGUUGUUUCUGUCCGUCUGUCGACUGUGAGAAGACUGACUGAAUGAGUCUGAAUAGAUGUGUAGCUGCGACUAAGGUCUUACUGAGAAAAGGAAAUAGACAAAAAGAAGAACAUCUUGUAAUCAAACAAAGAAGCUGCAGGUCUUCUCAGAACACCAGACCUCAAUCACUGAAUUUGUUUGAGAUUAUCUGUAUCAUGAGAAGCAGAAAAUGCAACCAACUUCUAAGACUGAACUUUGGAGGUUGGAAAAAAAUCCCUGCGGAUCUAGUAGCCUGUGAAGAAUAUUAUUAUCAGUUUUUCCUCUUACAGUGGCAGUUAUGACCUCACACCAUGUACAUUGAUGUCUCGUUUAGCACAUCUGUGAGCCAAACUCAAAACCUGAUUGAUAUUUUAUCCAACAUAUUCUCUCUCCACUCACUGUCCAUCAAGCACAUUAACACAGUAGAAAGCUUUUCUUUUUUUUUUUACUUUUCCAUUACUUCGUCCAUUCGGCGAUGACUCCUGUAGAGGCCUUCCUCUUGCGUACACUCCACUACAGCAGGUGGCGCUGUCGCGUCAGAAACGUGAACGUGUUAGUGCCAGAAAGCAACAAAGGGAGCCCGGUGUUGUUCAGAGUAUUCAUUCAAAGGUUUGGAAGCUGCUCCAUCAUUUUAAAAGAUGGUGAAUGUGCUGAAAGGAGUUCUCGUGGAAUGCGACCCUGCCAUGAAGCAGUUCCUCCUGUAUCUGGAUGAGACGUCAGCACUGGGGAAGAAGUUUAUUAUUCAGGACUUGGACGACACACACGUUUUUAUUUUGGCUGAAGUUGUGCAGAUACUGCAGGAGAAAGUGGGGGAGCUCAUGGACCAGAAUUCUUUCCCCAUCACCCAGAAAUGAGCUCUGACAUCUUGACUUUUCCCUGCUCUCUCUAUCCAUGGACAUGACCGAGCCUGUGUGGUACUGGAUUGUCAGCAUAUUUUCUAUGAUAAACGUCUGAGACAAAAAGUGCAAGAAGCUGGCAAAGAUUUAUUGUGUCCAUCCCUUUGUUCCCAGGUUCAGGUGUUCGCAAGUCCAUGCAGAACAUGGCAAUUUUUGGCUAUAGCAUAUUACAAACUUGUGCUACAGAUGACUGUGCGGUGCUUUUAUUUUUAUUUUAAUUACUUUGUUCUAAAAAUGACUGCAGGAAAAAAGCAGAUAAAAUCCUAAUUUAUUUCAGUUGCUGUGAGAAUAUAAAUCACAUUGAACAGCAGUUCUAAGUAUGUUCUAAGUAUGAUCUUUGCUUUAAUUUGUGCUUUUCCUUUGAUUUAUUACACUUAAAGAAAGGAAAUAAAUCUCACUUUGGGAGAAAAAUGUUACAGUACUCAAGUAAAGAUACUUUUUGUGCUGUA